AUGAAGGAUACUGACCACUCUAAAUUGCAUCAUAUAAUCAAAAGAAGCUCCCAUCAUUUGAUGCAUAAGUUACAUUCAUCAUCUUCGUCUUCGUCUUCGUCUUGUGAAGAUAAAAAUUUGAAAACUCCCAAAAUUCAAACGAAGAAAACCCCUCCUUCUUCUUCUUCUGCUUCCACUAACGACAUCUUCGAAAGAUCAUGUACUAAUUCCACCGUUUCGCCAUUUAGCUCGAUGUCGGGGCUUUCUUUCAGCCCUAAUAAAGAAUAUAAAGAGUAUCCCACCAGUGCUUCUUCCCCGGAGAAAACCCGUACCUUGUCGAUCGUAUCGAAUAACUCCUCCAUUUCCAACUUCAACUGCAACCAUUUGCCCAGUCAUCAUAAUACCGAGGACUUGAUUCCUCCGAUAUUAGACUCAACGACCGAAAUCCUCACCAACCCCAAAAUCGACUUCAACGACGUCCAGUUGAUCUGCUGCUGCGACGACGAGGACACUUCGACCGACGACGACGAGAUUGACAACUUUGAAAAAUACGUGGAUGCAAAAUCAAACUUGGACUCCUCCACCGCUCCCCCCUGCCACUGUUCUACUUCCAGAUCCAGAUCCCGGUCCAGAUCAAUCAUCAGUAAUUCGCUACUCAACUCCAUUGGUAGUCCAGCACAACCUAACUAUCCCAAUCCUUUGAGAAGAUCGUCUAAGUCUUCUUCUUCCUUGAAUCAAUCGGCCAAAACCAUCAAUUUCUACUCUUUUGUGGAUAUGUGUAAUAAAGAACACCUCAUUAAUCAUCCUCCAAAAGACUUUGAUGGCUUCACCUCUAUUAGCAUGAAAGAUUACAUGUCGAACUUAAACUAG